GAUCCGUCAUGCAAGUCAAAGCGAUAGUGAGGAGUCCAGUGUAAAGACAUUAUUGGCAGCCUACUUGUGAUAACCUACAUUCAUUGUGUUCUCGGCGCUGCAGGAGCUUUUUUUUUUGGAGCGUUAUGCUUAUGAAUCACACACAUAGCAGGAGGCGUCUCUCUACAUUUAGUCACAUUAUCUGUGUUAAGAGGACGAUGCUUUUGAGGACGGGACUUUUUCUCCUGAUGGUGCUGAACGCAUCUGCAUAUGAACUGGAUCAAAACGAGUCUUAUUCGCCCAGGAGAACACGCUUUUCUGCCAACAGCCCUUCAGAUGUGGCACGCUGUCUCAACAGUGCCCUCCAAGUUGGCUGCGGGGCCUUCGCCUGCCUGGAAAACUCAACUUGUGACACAGAUGGCAUGCAUGACAUCUGCAAGUCCUUCCUUUACAGUGCUGCUAAAUUUGACACUCAGGGUAAAGCAUUUGUGAAGGAGAGCCUUAAGUGCAUUGCCAAUGGCAUCACCUCGAAGGCAUUCCCCACCAUCCGCCGCUGCUCCACCUUCCAAAGAAUGAUAUCGGAAGUCCAAGAGGAGUGUUACAGCAAGCUGGAUAUCUGCACUGUAGCGCGAUCAAAUCCAGAUGCUAUUGGCGAAGUGGCACAGCUACCAAGUCACUUCCCCAAUAGGUUUUAUGGUAAGCUGCUACAGAGCCUCAUGGACUGUGAUGAGGACACAGUGGACCGCGUUAGGACCAGCAUGGUGUCACGGCUGGGCCCAGAGAUGACCAUGCUUAUUCAGCUGCUGCAGAACAAGCCCUGCCCAUCCACUGCUGUGGCUGCAGCUGCCGCUAUCCCAACUGGAGUGGAGGGCCGUGGGAGCUGGCGCUGGUCCAUGGGUCCCCAUAUGUACAAGAUCCAGCCUAAUCUGCGAAACAGAGACUCUGCCAGUCAUUUUGGCAAAAAGCGCUCUGGCAGCGACAGCUCCUAACUUUCAGAUUCAGAAGCUCCACACACUCCUCAAAGCUCCUCUAUUCCCUAGAGGUGAUACAAUCCCUUCCACCGCUAGACUGGAAGUUAUAGAAAUAUACAUCCCUAGGGAAUGCCGGAACGUGAAUAGAGGGUGGUUGUUGUUAUAUUGUAUAUCCUACACUUUAGGCGUGAGAGAACCCCUCAUUCCAUCGAGUCCGCUCACAGUUCGGGUUGAAGAUGCGGCCGUUGCAUCCCUGCGACAUGGUCCGGUCCAUCUCUUCUUCACCUCCUCCAAUGAGACGAGUCUUUUGAUGCCAAGCAAAAAAAAUAAUAAGAAAAGAAAAAAACAGCCAUAUAGGUUUACGCCUCUAGAUUACAAGUCCUAACUUUAAUCGAUAGCUCAAUCUCAUAAUCCCGGCAUUUAAUCAUGAAUAGAAAUCAGUAGUUGGAUUAUUAUUAGUUCACUGAUAGGAAUGGGAUAUUAUUGGUAGAUGUAUUUAAUAAAUCUCUGGUGAGACUAGUCCAAAUUGUGAGCAUGAGAUGUGGAAAUUAGUUUCAUAUCUAUUUUCUGAAUAACAUAACAGUUAGAUGUACUGUGUACUCAGUUAUCUGAGACAGCCAUAUCUUGCUCUCUGAAAGAGAGUGCUCAUAUGGAGUGAGGUCUGUAGAGUUACCUUUGAGUUACCUUAAACUGACCAAAAAACUCCCCUUAAUGCUAUUCAUGAAAUACCAAAAUAGUCUAUAGCUAUUAGCACUUGUAGUUGUUGUUUUUGUCUGAUGGCGGAUGUAUCCACUGUCUUGUUUUUCAAAUCCUCAUCCUGCACAUAAGGAUUGUCCCGGUCACGGCAAAGUCUAAAUAUUACAAAAGGUCCAUUUUGCAUAUCUUGUAUACAGACAUUUGUAACGCAUAUGACUGUUGAGCACUAGAGAGUAUGUGAGACCAUGCCUAGUGGAAUCACAUACUCUUAACUGAGCUCGAGGCAGUGGUGUAUGUGCAGUAGCUGAUUAGCACGUUCGCCCAUGAGACAGCGCAAGCUCUACUUGGACUGAUAACCAUCAUUCUCUGAGGUGAAUAACAUGACAUACACACUGGCUUCGAGUGUCAAGAUUGAGAAUUACUAUUUAAAACAAAAAGCCUUGUUGGAAUGAUAUUUAUUUUCCUACCAUAUUAUUUAAUUGCAUUAUUGUAGUCUUUAAUUAGUUUACAGAUUUAAAAAGCAGUUCAGUCACGGCUCCUAUUUGAACAUGAGCUCUAUGCCAAAAAAGAAGUGAGCUGACUCUGGUGACUGAAUGGGACCCGUGUCAUGACUCUGUGCUGGCCAUAGGGGAACAAGGUUGGUCAUUCGGGUGAUCUACUUUAUGGGCGUUCCAAGGGACCACAACAAAAACAAUAGCUUCAUUUUGACACACUUUCUGGUUAAAAAAAAAAGGAUGUCAUUGCAGCUGCUGGAUGUGCUUCUUCAGGGUUUGUGCACAUUGUCAAAAGACUUCAUUUAAUCCAAGCAAAACAAACACCAGCAUCCAAGUUUUUGAUUGUUCUGCACUAGUGGGCAAUGCUUAUCUUCGUGAUGCCUGAAAUUAUUUUCCAUUAAGGUGACUACGAAUCUUAUUCAUAAUAGGUGUUAUUGAUUACUGUCAUUUAUUUGUUAUUUAUUUUGUAUGUUACUUUGUCAAUAUGUCAGCUCUGAUAUUACACAGUGGAGAAAGAGGCAAGAAGGUGGAGAGAGAAAGGUGGUACACGCAUCUGCUUUAGGUAUCUUUUAGGGCCCCUGGAAACCUGCUUUUCAAUCAAGACUUUUCAUCAUAACGUUAAAUAUUGAUGGCUAAAAAAGCAACAAUCUAGAAUUUAGAUAAUCUCUUUAAUCAAGGUGUGUAUGGAUUGGUAAAUAACACAUUUUUAUUCAAAAGUUGCUCAACUAAGUAUGAUAUUAAACCAGUGAUAUGAGUACAGAUCUGUCUUUAGAAAUAACAAAACUGUUAAAACUAAAAAAAAAAUCCUGUUUCCGUCGAGGACCAUAUCAAUUACUGAGUUACUGAUCAUUACAUCUUUGAGUAAAUAACAAUGAAACAUAUAAUACUUAACAAACUUGCUUAAAGCAGGUUCAUGUAAGAUCUUAAAUGCAGGAUAUUUACAUUCCGCUAAAGCAUGUUUUGCUACGACUGCACAGAAAUUAACCUUCAGACGGUUUGGAGAUAUUUACAGGCCGCUGCUACUAACUCAGGUCCCACAGUCUUUCUGUGACAUGAUGGUGGUACAUUGGAGUUCACUUAAAAUGACACACAGGCGUUGUCUCAGGUGGUAAAAAGCACAUGUUAGUUUGUGUAUGUUUAGGGAUCUUGUAUAUGUACAUCAAAGGAAGAAAAAGCCCAAUAGAAAUCAUCCAGUAAACAAAAUCAAUAUUUGAAAACUGAACAUUUUUGCAGUUGAGAUUGCAUAUUUGAUGGAGACAAUUAAUCAGAAAGAGUCGAUUAGCGCAGAGUCACUGUCACUUCAUGCUGGUGUUUGUUUUAUCGAUGCCUAAUUGAUCGAUGGUUGUGAUAAUCAAUGAGUUAGUUUCUGCACCGACAGUAAACUGCAAACGUUUGUGCACAUUGAAAAUGCAAUAUGGAACCAGGGCUGGGUUCGGUUCACUAUCAAGCAGUUUGAUCUAGAAAAAAAUCAAUUAUAGUCAAACGUGCCAGAAGCGGUCGCGUUUCAAAUGGUUUUGUGACACAAUCAUAAAAUAUAGUUUUGGUUUCAUGAAUGCAAUUGAACCCAGCCCCGUUUGAAUUAAAGUGAAUUUAUAUAUUUUCCUGGAUUGAUAAGAGUAAAGCACAGAACAGAAAAAAGAGAUGUCAGGUUAUCAAUUUAAUAGCUAUGUUAAGAAUUCCAAACUAUGCAAUAAUCUCACAUUAAAGGAUUCACAGCAACACAGAAAUUGACCUUUAUUUCAUUCAGUGCCAGCUGAUGCUGUGUGAAUAAAACAGCAGCUUGUUUAGUCUCACACUGCGUUCACAGCGUAAAAGUCAUCGCUCCUCUUUAUUGCUUUCUGUUUCUGUGGGUUUUUUGUAAACUGUUGUUUCAUUUUGUUUUGUUGUUUGUUUUAGAUCAUUUAAUGCGAAAGGACAGUUCUGGAGGAAUCACUUGGGAAAUUAAGAGCUAUAGUCACACACCGUAGUGUAUCCUAGCUUACUAUGUUACGUUUAAUAUGCACUUUGCAUCUUAACCACUAUCAAUGCCAUUGAAACUUUUAGCACAUGAGAAAUGGAGACCUGUUUUAUUCACCCAGUGAGAAAUCAGUUAGAAUAUUUCACGCCCUGGAGGGCCAGGGCUUCUUCAUGUACUAUUGAUACAUAUGUCUGUAUCUUUGUUGUCCAUGGGUAAAUCCAAAACCCAACAGCCGCUGCUAAACUGUUACUUCCCUGUGUGAGGCUGUCCAGAUGGCCCUCAGCUGUGGCCGCUCUGCUCCAACACACAGUGAGCUCAGCAUCAGUCACAUUCACGUUCAAAUAUUUCACUGUCCAUCCAUGUCUUCACAUUUAAUUUCCAUCAACAUUUCUUGUGUCAAAUGUAUUUGGCAAGGGCAAAUUGACUGUUUUCUCACCAAGUAAACUGUAAUGUUAAUUUCAGAGAAUGUACCUGUAUACUGAAUGUCUGUUUCGACGAGAACGUGCUCGAGUUAGGUGGCCUAAAAAACUAAAGUAAAAAAUAUAUAUAUAUAAGGCUUUCAAUUACUUUCUGUUUUAGAUUGUAAUAAAAGUAUUGGGUGCUUACGGUGGUACUGGAGCAUUAUUAAGAGUUUUGUGAAAAUGUUUCUCCUGUCAACAGAGACUAAAGACUUCUCACUUCUGGCACUUCAUGGUACUCUUUCCUCUCAAGACUUGAAAUAGAUAGAUGUUGUGCUUGAACUAAAUCGAAAAUCUUCGGCGACCAGUAAAAAAUAUUUUGUUUUGAUUUAUAAGUGACAGUUAUUUUACUAUCAGAUUCAGAAGGUUAUUGAGGAUUUAAGGGGUUACUGAAGUUCCUGAUACAGAUGCUAUGUAACGCAUGAUUGACCCUUGUGAAUCACUUGCACUUUAAAAUAUACCCAUAUACAUAUAUACCCAUACUGUGUAUAUGUUUGGGUUUUUUUCCUCUGUACUGAAAAGUCACAAAUGCAUCAAUUGUGUGUCUUUUGCUGAUCAGAAAUAAAAUAUUUAUCAUA